AUGCUUUUCGAAAAAAAUUCUCUCGAGGCGGCCGAAGCAACUCUACAUGGUUCUCUCCAAUUGUUAAGUAAUUGUGUUUAUCUUGUAAACUCAACUAUUCUGCGCGAAAGGAAAUUGCUUCCUGCCGAGAUGUUCCGUGAAUUUCGCGUUUACGGCGACGUCACCGGAUACAUCGUGGAAGACGAGACAAGAAAUGGCGUGAAAAUAGCUACCAAGUUAAGAGCAACCGACAAAGCGAUUCUUGCCAAGCUGAUUCAUAAACUUGCUAUAGUUGUUGAGGAACAAGACACCUCAACACCAGUAGAGACAUUCAUUUGGAGCUUUGCGUACCAUUCCUCAACAUCAGCAGUGGCCGAAAUAGGUUACGAAAACCAAAAGUCAACAUUUGUUGUGGAUUAUAAUGAUAUCGAUGGGACGUGCCAGCAGUUCUGCAAAAUAUUCUCUGAGCUGCAGAGAGUCCUAAAGAAACUUGACUCGCUACCGAGGGGACUGGUUCCGAUUGUGAAAGUCGCAUUCCGAGGAGAUGCUCAUUCGAUUGAAGGAUUCCAUCAGGUCGAUGAGUUCGUCAAUCCUGAAGAAAUUAAUAGAGAGUGUAGCAUCGGAAGUGUUGCUUUUCCUUUUGACAAUAAAUUUCAAUUGUCAUAUGCGUCGAAGUUCACCUCUCCUCUCCGUUCGAAUCAACAGGUUCCUGCUGCUCACCAAAACAGUGCAAUACUAGAUGCGAUGGAUUCAACAUCUGAUCCAAUGAUCGAAGUUCCACGUCGGACCAUGAAUUACGAAGACUAUGAUGUGUUCAUGGAUCAUGUUGCACCUGAAGAAGAACAUAUGGAAUCUGAUGUGAUAAAUGCAUCAACAAAUUGCAACGUAAAUGUAGGCUCAAACAUUGAAGAACACGCAGUACUACAAUCUGAGUUUCAUGGAAGCGCUGAUGCCGAUACUGUUCAUCAAAAUGCUCACGAGAGAACUAGAUCUCCUAGUCCGAAAAUUCUUGUGCGCAAACAAACCCAGAAGAUAAUUUCGAAGAAGAGCAACUCAACAAGAAAAACUGGAAAAGAAUCUCGUGAAAUCCACAAGAAAAAGCUUUUGAAGAGCACAAACAUGCUCGUCACAGAAGAAAAUAUCAGCGAUUCCUCCGAAACUGCUCCCCAAAAAAAGAGGAGCGCUCGUCGUCUUGCUCUUCUUGUUACUGAUGAAGACAAAAACUUGGCCAAGUCGGCGAAACCGAAUGGAGAAUCAAACGACACUGUACCGAUGGAGGUUGACGACGUGCCUGCAGAAAAACAUAAUGAUUCGGAAUUCAAAAAGAAGUAUGAAAGAGGGAAAAGUCUUGUUGAAAAUGUACAAGCUAUCGACGAAGAUCCUGUAUCUAGUGGCAAAAAAGAUGAUGAAAACACCGAUUCCCGGAAAGGGUUUGUGAAGAGAUAUGGAUAUACUGCUAGCUUCAAAGACAAAAUUCAAUCUGGAAAACGCGGUGAUGAUGAUUUAGAUUACAUGGACGACGACGAAGACGAGGAUCAGAAGAAAGACGACGAAGAAGAGAAUCAGAAAAAGGUUGAUGACAAAGAGGAUCAGAAGAAGGACGACAAGGAAAAAGAACAGGAGAAAAACUAUGAAGAAGAGGAUCAAGAGAAGGGAGAUGAGGAAGAGAAUCAAGAAAAGGACUAUGCCGAAGAGGAUCAAGAGAAGGACGAUAAAGAAGUAGAUGACCAAGAGAAGGAUAAGGACCUUGAGGAACAUGCACCUGUACCAGUUUUCGUUAGUGUAAAUAAAUAUGGACGCGUUUCGAGCGUUCUUGGUGUUCCGGAGAAAAACACUGAGUCUCGGCGAGUAUCAACGCGUAGAGCCGGACGUGUAUCCAGCAUUCUUGAUAUUGUUGAUCAACCGAACGCCAGUGAGCAGAAAGAAGGCUCAAUUUCAUCCAGAAACCAGGAUGGUGCAGAUGUUAUUAUGAAAGGAGUUGACGCCAUAGGUAUCGUUGGUGCACUCGGAGCUGACAUCUCACUCGAAGAAGUAACUAACUCGGCAAACAGGUAUGGUAGAGUUUCCAGCGUUUUGGCAAACGAUGAGAAGCAACCCCCAAACAAAAGCAACGAGGGUCAUCAAUCGAAAAAGUACGGGCACUCGACUUCUCUCCGCUCCAGAAUUUAG